CUCCGUCUCCGAUCAUAAGCCGCCACACUCGCGUUGGGAAUCUCCGGCUUCGAGAUAUCGGAAAUGGAAGACGCCGCCGCUCCUAACUCAGGCUCCGAUUUGAACCUCGGAGGAAAGCGCGGCAAAUCAAUCGAAGAGUGCCAAGACAUGAUUCAGCGAAGUUUCCGAAAUCCGAUUGUGAAGUUUCUGAUGGAACAAAUGGAGAAAUCUGGGUGCAGAGUUGGUGAUAACUUCGUCAAGGCGGUUGUGUGUACUGGUCCUGUAGCUGGUGGCUUCACUAAAGGAAGAGGGAUUACUGUGUGCAGUAACUAUUUGACCAUUCAAGAUGAAGUGAACCAAGUGGUUAUACAUGAGUUAAUCCAUGCUUACGACGAGUGCCGCGCCAAGAAUCUGGAUUGGACUAACUGUGCUCAUCAUGCUUGCAGCGAGAUACGUGCAGGUCAUUUAAGCGGCGAUUGCCAUUUCAAGAGAGAACUAUUGAGGGGUUUCAUUAAGUUAAGAGGCCAUGAACAAGAAUGUAUAAAAAGAAGAGUGCUGAAAUCGCUUCGCGGCAACCCAUAUUGCUCGGAAGUAGCAGCGAAAGACGCCAUGGAAGCAGUGUGGGAUACUUGUUACAAUGACACUAAGCCUUUUGACAGAGCUCCCUGAAGAAAAAGCUGAGCACGACCGUGUUUUCAAGAAGUUUGAUGCUAAUGGAGAUGGAACUAUCUCUUCCACCGAGCUUGGAGAUGCUCUCAAGAACCUUGGCUCUGUCACGCUUGAUGACAUUAAACGUAUGAUGGCUGAGAUCGAUACCGAUGGUGAUGGAUUCAUAUCGUACCAAGAGUUUUCUGAUUUCGCAAAGGCUAACCGUGGUCUCAUGAAAGAUGUAGCCAAGAUUUUCUAAGCC